GAGGCCACCACUUUGUCGUUCCGGUUCAUGGAGCCGACUCUAAUCCUUGUCACAUCGAUAUGUCCUAAUCAGAGAGACCAUCGCACUGGCAAAUGCAUUGAUGAUGCCUUCUUGGCGUCAUGAUGAGCGGACUAACCCUAUCGACACAGGGAUUUACGCUGCGCACCCCGACUUUGAGUGGCGGGCUCUGUUCUUUGCUAACUUUGCCAGCGACGGUAUGAAUAACGACGGCCAUGAUCACGGCACUUACAUCGCAGGUACGGUUGGCUCAAAGACAUCUGGUGUGGCCAAGAAGACCAAGUUCUACGGCAGCAAGGUUCUCAGCAACUCAGGCUCUCGCACGACAUCCGCGGUCAUUGCUGGCAUCAGCUUCCCCGUAAAUGACCUCGAACGAAAAAAGUGGCCUACGCGUUUGAUUUUCUACACCACCAUACGGGAAAGGUCUCAGGGUUUCUCACCAGAGCCUUAUUCAUCACACCGGAUGACCUACAGACGAUGAUCUGGCAAUUAAGACGUUGGCAGUCUUCUAGGUGGCGACGGCAUCGAAGUGUUGCUGUCCACAUGCGCGUUUUGCUA